GGUUAAACUCUGACUAAAAUCAUCAAAAUAUGAAAAAUAGAAGUAUCAAACACCAAAGAAAUACUUACGGGAGACUUAGUGGGUUAGCUUCCGUGAUGGAGAAGUUCUCUGAUUUUCGAAUUUUAGUUUUAUAUAUGUUUUUAAUUUAAAAUGAUACAUUAAAUUUAUUUAGUUUAUUUAAUUAUAAUAUUUUAUAUUUGGAGAGAAUUUGGCUAAAAUGCAAAAACUAAUUUUUUUAUAUAAGAAAAUAUAACUAUGAAGAUAAAAAUGUUCUUUUUAGUUGCACUCUCAUAAUGGGAAAAUAUGAAAUGGAGCAACCGAUUUCUCAUUCCACCAUAUAGUGUAGAGAGGUAUGUAAUCAUCUUCAUCUGAACUGACUUUAAUUAACUGAUUGAACCAAAUAAUAAUAUAGCCAAUAAUCCACAAAUGUAUAGAUCUGUCAAUGGAGUAGUGAUGUAGAAUUGUAGAUUUGGGACUAAGAACAGAGCUCCAAAUGUCAUUAUGGGGGCGACCCAUGCGCAGGAAAAGGACCAGGAAACCGGUGUGCCUGUUGUUGUUCGACGCCCUUAUGCCUUAUCCUCCUACUUGAAGACUAAUAAUAUUAGCAAAAAAAAAAAAAAAGACUAAUAAUAAUAUUAUUAUUAUUUUCUAUAAAACUUGGAGAAUAAAAUGGUGCUCACUUUAGGAAUAGAAAGUUGGUAACAAUUUCCUGAACAAUAUGAUUAGAUUAGAUGACAGCUACUGCACUGGAAACUUCCUGGUUUCAGGAUUAUCCGGCUGUUAAUUUCUUGAUUAAUUUAUAUGUCAAGAAAGUCAAGUUGCACUCAAACUAAACAUUCUCAUUUUCGCUCCAGUGGUAGGGGACCUGUAACUAACAAAGUAAUCGGAGUCUGAACAGAUAGAUUAUUAAGUGGAAAUGAGACAGAUUUAGGAACUAUUAGUGUUCAAGAAGACGCGAUUAAUCUCUCGCCUAGGCGCGAUUAAUAGCUGGACAGGAGGAAAUCGCUCCGUCUAGCUCUGGGCGAUUGAUCUAAGCACCUAGGCACUCGGAGGCACGUUUUCACUCUGGUGGGCGACUCCCAGAGCAACUAAUAAAGGGGAAAAGUAUAGCCUUUUUGUAAAAAUCUCUAACCCUAUUUUAUUUUCCAUUUCCAUUCAACCUGUCGCUCCACCUCAUCGACCAACAGUGAGAUCCAUCCUCAUGGUUGGCGACUUGGGAUGUUUGGGAUUGUGGAAAAGAGGUGUAUGUGAAUAUGAAUGGACGGAUAAUGAUAUUGCGACUUGGGUUUUUUGGAAUAUGACUUAUUUAUCAUAUUAUUUUUCAACGUUUAAUCUCGCCUAGGCAACAAUUAAUCGACCUGAACGCUGGGUAGUGCCUCCUCGCUUUGAUAGCUCCUAGCGUCUUCUUGACAUUGGGAACCAUCAAUGCAAUCUAUAAAUAACCCUCCCUCCCUUUGUCAUCAUUCAUCAAGACACCAAUCUCCAACACAAAUCCAUCAUUUACAAAACUAAUAACCACAAAGCUUUCACUAAUGGAAGCAUCCUUCUUCUCACUGUUGUCCAAAACACCAUCACAGUUAUUCAGAAACUUCCAAGCCCUGAUACUCCUCAUCUCUAUCAUUCUCUUGCUGUGGCCCUCAUCUUCUUCCCUUUCUGUAGUAGCAGCAGCAGCAGCAGCAGCAGUAAAUCUAGAAGCAGAGGCUCUUCUGACAUGGAAAGCCACUCUACAGAACCAGCACCAAUUCAACUACCACCCUCUCUCUUCGUGGUCUGCACAAACCAGCCCUUGUGCUUGGUUCGGCAUCUUCUGCAAUAGUCAGGGGAGCAUUGCCAAUAUAACUCUUGUGGGUACUGGUCUCAAAGCUACCCUUGAAGUCUUCAGUUUCUCGUCGUUCCCAAACCUUGUCUCCCUCAACUUACAAAACAACUCCCUUUAUGGUCCCAUUCCUUGCCAUAUCGCAAACCUAUCCAAACUUUCCUUCCUUGAUCUGUCUCUCAAUGGUUUCUAUGGUAGCAUCCCUUCCGAGAUUGGUUCAUUAGUGAGAUUGAGCUCACUUUCAUUCUCUACCAACAACCUCAAUGGUUCAAUCCCAACUUCCUUUGCUAACCUGACACAGCUAUUGUCUCUUGGUUUGGAUAGAAACCAAUUGAGCGGGUACAUUCCCCAAGAAAUUGGCAAGCUCGCAUCUUUGACCACCCUCGACUUUACCCUCAACAAGAUUACUGGUCCAAUCCAAGCAGGGAUCGGGAAUCUGACAAACUUGUCAAUCUUGCGUCUUGGCUGGAACAAUCUUUAUGGUCCCAUUCCUGAAGAGCUUGGUCUUUUGAGAGGUCUUGUAAAGCUGGACUUGUCGACUAAUAAUCUCACUGGCGAAAUUCCAGCUUAUUUAGGGAACCUGACACUGCUCGACAAUCUUUUCCUUUCUUCAAACAAGCUUUCUGGGAAUAUUCCAAGCGAGCUGGGAAAGUUGACCUCGCUGAGUGACUUUCAGCUAUACACCAAUCGCCUGACAGGCCCCAUUCCGCCUUCUAUUGGUAACCUGUCGAGAUUGAAUAUGCUGGCUUUUUCAGGAAACCAACUUUCUGGUUCCAUUCCUGAAGAAAUUGGGAUGAUGAGAUCUCUCAUUGUCAUCAACUUGAACACCAACGUUCUCACUGGCUCUAUCCCUGCAUCAAUUGCAAACAUUCCCAACAUUUCUUACAUCGGCUUUGCAGGCAACAGACUUUCCGGAAUUGUGCCUGUAGAGUUCAGUAAUCUCACAUUUCUUCAAGGUUUCGAUGUUCCUGCCAACAAACUCACAGGCUCUCUUCCUCCUGAUAUUUGCAUAGGCGGGGUCCUGAAAGUUUUCACUGCUUACAACAACUCUCUCACAGGUCCUAUUCCCAGAAGCUUGAAGAAUUGCAGCACUUUGACAAGGCUUAGGCUUGAAAAGAACCAACUCACAGGAAACAUAUCACAAGAUCUUGGUGUUUACCCUGAUUUGAACUACGCAGACUUGAGCGACAACAAGUUACAAGGCGAACUCCGAUCAUGGAACUGGGGGAGUUUGUACAACUUGUCAACAUUGAAGAUCGCCAGGAACAAUAUCUCCGGGGAAAUACCCGCAGAGGUCGGGAAAGCACCACAUCUGAACUUACUGGACCUCUCUUCCAACCGCCUGACCGGAUUGAUCCCCGGGGAACUCAACCAAUUGAGGUUGUACAGCCUUUCCCUCAAUGGAAAUCUGCUUUACGGUCACCUCCCACCGAGAUUGGGGAAUCUUUCGUACCUUGAAUAUCUCAACCUGGCAGCUAACAAUCUCAACAGUUCAAUUCCAAAUGAGCUGGGCAACUGCACCAAACUACUGUCGUUGAAUCUCAGCAUGAACCAGUUGACGGGCUUUGUUCCUCCAGAGAUUGGAGAUCUGAAAGCUCUCAUGAGUCUCGACCUUAGCCACAACUUUCUCACCGCAGAUAUUCCCCGAGAGAUUGGAGGCUUGCUGUUCUUGGAGACUCUGAAUCUCUCCCACAACUCAUUCGUAGGUUCCAUCCCUCCUGGCCUUGGCAAUGUGUUGAGCCUAAGAGAUGUGAAUGUGUCCUAUAAUCAACUAGAAGGCCCAAUUCCAGACAUGGAAGCCUUCCGACGAGCUCCAUUCGAAGCGCUGAGAAACAACAGAGAUCUCUGCGGCAACAACUCCGUUCUAAACCCUUGUCCGGUCGACAAACCCACAGCAAAAGCGGGCAAGCAAUCCGAUGCGAGCAUAAUCGUUUUCCCUAUCUUAGGGGGCGUGAUUCUACUGAUUUCACUGGCGACAGUCGCCGCGUUCUUCGUUUAUCGAAGUAUCAAAGCCAGAAAGGCCAGUACGGGAAACGAAUACUUACAGGUCUUCGCGAUCUGGACCGACGAGGCGGCAUUGACGUACGAGAGCAUCAUUCAGGCCACAGAAUCGUUCGACUCCAGGCACCAGAUAGGGUCGGGGUCGAGCGGGUCGGUAUACAAAGCGGCGCUACAGUCGACCACCAAACAGAACCAGGUCGUGUCCGUGAAGAAACUCCACGAUCAAUCCGGAGAAGGAGUCGAGAGAUUGAAGGCGAAUUGGAGGGCGUUCAGGAGCGAGAUUCGGGCGCUGACGAACAUCAAGCAUCGGAACAUUGUGAAGCUGUACGGGUUCUACUCGAAUGCCCAGCACUCGCUUCUGGUGUACGAGUUCAUGGAGAGAGGGAGCCUGCGGAGCGUUUUGGACGAUGCAGAGAAGGCCAAGGAGUUGGAUUGGGAGGAUCGGGUGAAGAUUGUGAAAGGGAUUGCGAGCGCGCUGUCGUAUAUGCACCAUGACUGCCGUCCGCCGAUUGUUCACAGAGACAUUUCGUCGAACAAUGUGCUGCUGGAUUUGGAUUUCGAGGCCAAGCUCUCUGAUUUCGGCACGGCGCGGCUCCUGAGGCCCGACGACAGGGUUUCCACGACCUCGUUUGCUGGCACUUAUGGCUAUAUGGCUCCAGAGAGAGCUUAUUCGAAGAAAGUGGACGAGAAAUGGGAUGUGUAUGGCUUUGGAGUGGUGGCGUUGGAAGUGAUAAUGGGAAAGCAUCCAGGAGACCUCAUCUCGUCACUCACAACAACAACAGCAACAACAACAUCAUCGUCUUUUUCAAGUCCUCCUCAUCCUACAUUGUUGAAAGACAUCAUCGAUGAUCGAAUCACGCAGCCUGGUGAGGAUGGCGAAGUUGCAAAAGGAGUGUUUGCUAUAGCAAAGUUUGCAUUGGCUUGUGUCCGUGCUGAACCUAGCUCUCGACCAACUAUGCAGGAAGUUACGAUGGACAUGGUUACUUUUGCGAUUCCUCCGCUGACUCAACCCUUCUCCCACGUCUCACUGGAAGAAUUGUUUGCCCUAGUUGACUAGGCUGCAAAAGUAUAGGUAUACGGUAAAAAAAUAUAAGAUAAACUCCUCUAAAGUUGAGUUAUACUAGGAAAGUAGAUAAUUGGCUCUUUGCUUCUCUUCUUUAUAUUCAAGUUUGUAUGGACAAUAUUAGAUAUUUCUAAGCCAUGAACAACAUAAACCAUAAACUUAUUAGUUUAAUGAGAUUUCCAAAUAUUGAGGAUAUGGAGGAGUGUUUCGCGAUGUUGAUUUGCACUCUUGACUUCUGGAAACCAAAAUGAAUGUUACUUGGUUUACACCUCUAAACAGUGUUCGAACGAGGCUGGCUGAUGUUUGGGGAAUCAACAUUAAAUUAUUUUGACUCUUAUAGAGAUUUUUUGGGAGCUCCACAACUACUGGCUAGUUCUUACAAGCUUUACUAUCCCAACCGUGGCAAAGUGCAACCACGAUCGGGUGCAAUAUAGUGGAAGUGAAUUUUAAUGAUCAACCUCGGGAGGCAAAUGUACUAUUACUUCACGGGCUAACUCAUUGUCUAGCAAAUUGGAGUUUGAAGUAACUAAUCAACUACAAAACUAAGCAAAGUAAAGUUGUUGAAAACUAUCGAGAGAAAGUAUGAUAUUGUUUCCCUGUAGUUGUAAUAGUCUAAAGAAUGACGUUCCAAGUUGUCGACUCAUGAUUUACACCGUUCAGAAUCAUGUUCCCGCUUGAGCUCCCUUUCAAGUUACUCAAACUCACCUAGAACAGACUAUCCUAGUGAGAGUUUCCACAUCUGACAAAAUAGAACGUCUACGUGCCCAAUAGAUUCCCACUAUUGGAUGAUGAUUCAAUUCGACAUUGUAGCCCGAUUUCUCUACCUGAGACUAAUCACGGUUUCCAUCACAAUCUUGAGAUUCACAACCAAGCCACGAGGUUAACUGAGUUUGCACCAUUUUAUUAACAUACUCAUGGUUUUGGUGCAAUUCUUACAAUUUGCAAUCUUGAUGGAGGAGAGCGAGCGGUUGCUUUGCUGCAUCGUUCGACUCGGCGGAAGGGAAGGGCGGAUCGCAUUUAGGGUUACAAAUCCCAACCUCCAAAAUGUCGACGUUUCAUCACUAGCAGGUAGCCGGAUAAGUCCGGUCAGACCCCGAUUUUGACCAAUUUUGACCGACUUUGACCGGUUGCCCGCUAUCUCAGAAUAUGCCUGGUGCUGCCCCCUUUUGUGCCCGAUUCCGACCCAACCAUGUCGAACCGGCCGUUCAGAGCCGAGUUUGACAACCUUGUUAGAAAAACUAGUUAAAUUUGAUCAGUAAAAAAUUAACACCCUCACAACAAAAUUAUAUUUCUCUCUGUACCUACUCUUUUUGUAAAAAAAAAUCUUAUUGAAGUCGAAUGGGUAAUGAAUGACCUCUUAUUCC